AUGAAUGAAAACAAAGAUGUAAACAUUGACGAUAAACUUGCCCAGAGCAUAGUUGAUGGCAUCUGUGAUUUUGAAGUACAUAAUGGUGGAAACAUGAAUUUAGAAAAAGAAGUUACAUUAUUCACACUGUUUCAAGCUAUUAAUUCGUUACCUAAUCAUUUAAUUAAUGAAGCCUACGAUAACGUUUAUAACUUCUGCAGUUUAACAGAAAAUGCAAAAAGUAAUUUUGAAAAAGCACGUGAUAGAUAUGCAUAUUUAAUGACUUCUCCAUUUGUUUUGGUGAAGAUUCUAAAACUUUAUCAAAAGGAAUAUUAUGAUGAAUAUGUUUUGCCUUUAUUACGUAAGCCAAAAAUAACAUUUGAUAUAAAACUUGAUGACUCGUUUUUGAUAACAGAUAUUAGACGCAAGGCUGAAAAUCAUCAGUAUAAAAACAGUUCUGAAGUAAUUGAGGAUUUAUCACGUGUAAUCCGUUUUGUAGAUUGUGGAAACAAAUAUUUCAUUCAAAAGGACUAUAAUAUCCACGACAAAAUGAAUCAAAUAUCAUUUGUUCUUCAGUCAAACAUGAAAGAGUCACUCAAAAUGAUUAAAUUAUUUAAUGAAGAAGGUAAAACCAUAACAGCAUGGGACGUACUACUAAAUCAAUUAUCCUCAUUAACUGUUAAGGGUGUUUGCUUUAAAUCAGAUUCCCCAGAUGUUUUCUCAACGUUUCAAGGUUAUAAAUACAACGUUCUCGAAAAGCCUGAUUACUCAAAAAUUGAGAUGUUUAUGGAUUUCAUUAAAGAAGCCAUUUGUGAUAAUAACGAUGAAGUGUAUAAAUACCUUCUCGGCUGGAUUGCAUCAAUGAUUCAACAUCCUGGAAUCAAGAAUGAAACAGCAAUUAUUUUGAAAGGACUUCAGGGAACAGGUAAAAACAGAUUUACAGACAUUAUUUCUGAACUCCUCGCUGGUUAUUCAUGCAAAAACAUUACUGAAAUAAGUGAGUUAACGGGUAAUUUCAACUCAGUAGUUGAAAAUAAAAUGUUUCUUGUACUUAAUGAACUCAAGAAUGUAGGUGAAGACAGACUCGCAAACUUCAACGCUUUGAAAUCAAUUAUAACGGAUAAUGAGAUAAGAAUUAAUGAAAAAAAUCAACCCAGAAGAACUGCUCAGAACGUUGCCAAUUUCAUUUUCGUAACUAAUAACGUUUACCCUGUCAAAAUUGAAGUUGGAGACAGAAGAUAUGUAGUUUUAAGAGUUAAUGGUAAAUUCAAGGGUCAAUUUGAUUACUUCAAGAAUUUGAUGGAUUCAUGCACAAAGGAAUUUUAUGAUAAUUUACUGACGUAUUUUAUCAAUUACGACCUUUCAUCAUUUAAUGUACGAAUCAUUCCGAUGACUGAAGCCAAACAAGAUUUAAUUGAAUUAUCAACAAAUCCUUUAGAUGUAUGGAUAAAUACACAUUAUGAUGAAUUGAAUGCAGGUAUGACAUGUAAAAAUGCUCUAUUCUGCAAACCAUCAGACAUGAAAGACAAAAACUUUCAAAUGAGUAUUAAGGAUAAAUGUGAUAGGAAACAGAUAAGAAUAGAUGGUAAACAAACAUGGUGUUAUGUUUUGAAAGAAGAAAUGAAAGGAUUAUAUAAACAGGUUGAACUAAACGAUAAUGAGGAUUCAUUUACUGACGAUGAAAUACCUGUAAAUGAUGCUUUAUAA